AAACUAUCGCAUGAUCGCAUCCCUUCCUUUUCUUCUUCUGCCGAGCAGCAGCCAGCAGAGCCUUCGCCCGCGGCCACAACCAGCGCAGUCGCCGCCGCUCCCUCGUUUCGACCCAACUCCCUGCCCCACGUCUCACCGCCGCUCAUUCGCCCCCUCGUCUCAAACCAGGUCCCCAACUCCUCGCCGUCGCUCCCCGCCCGACGCAUCGACCCAACUUCCCGCCGCCUUGACAGCAGUCCCCGCCCCUGCCUCAAUACUAGCUUAGAUCGUUUCAGGUAGGUGCUUAAUUAGGUUUCUAUUGUGUAGUUUCAGAAUUGGAAAAGCACAUCUUGGUUCUGUUUCCAUUUCCAGUUUCCACAAUGGAAUCGAGCAUUGGUUGUUGUUAGAUAGAGAGAGUGGGGGAGAAAGAAAGAAAGAGCAUUGACGUUUGUUUGUUAAUUAGGAGUUAGUAAGGAAUGCAGCAGGUUAAUUUGGUUGAUGGAAUUGAUGAUACUUUGUUAUUUUGUUAAUUAUUUACUUGUUUGAUAGAUGGAAUCGAGUGAUGUAUCAAGUCAGCCGGCUUAAUCCGGUUGAACCCCGAUUCGACCAUUAAACCUCAAAUCCCUUGUUAAACCGGUUAGAGGACUUAAUCCGGUUUAACAACCUUGGAAGUGAAGAGAAAUAUCAGUUUUGUCCUCAGGCAUCUAAGAACAGAAUAUCCGAGGCGACACGUCUCACCAUCUUUGACGGCGAUAAACCAGAUAACAGUUUUUUUACUCAGCAGCGGCAGUAAAUUAGUAAUGCUCUUUACUGAAAUACCAAUGAAUUUGACAGCAUCCACAGAACUAUUUUUACCUUCGAGAAAAUGCUAUUGGGCCAUUUGGGCGCAUAUUGAACCUAAAGGUGCGAGCUUUGAAGCCAUUAUUAAACACAUUCUUUGGUUCAACAAUGACUAUCUGGCUGUUGAAGCCAUUAUUGUUUUCAGCUGCAGCUCUUCUCCCUCCAUGCCAUUCUUACACUUUACUGUUUCCAACUACUCUGCGCUAUUCCCACCGUCGAUCAAUUGGAGUUUCUCGAGCAAAAAUGGACUCCAGCGAUGGAAGCACGGCGCCUGCUUCCAAAAUCAUCGAUUCGCAUCUCCACGUUUGGGCAUCUCCUGAAGAGGCUGCAGAUAAGUAUCCUUAUUUUCCUGGCCAAGAACCCACUUUGCCUGGACAUGUGGAUUUCCUGCUCCAGUGCAUGGAAGAAGCAGGAGUGGAUGGUGCCCUGAUUGUGCAGCCUAUUAAUCACAAAUUUGAUCAUUCUCUAGUCACAAGUGUUGUGAAGAAGUAUCCAACCAAGUUUGUUGGCUGCUGCCUUGCAAAUCCUGCUGAAGAUGGAGUUGGGAUUAACCAGCUCGAGCUGCUUGUUGUCGAGGAUGGUUAUCGUGCUGUUCGCUUUAAUCCAUAUCUGUGGCCUUCUGGCCAGAAGAUGACAAAUGAUGUUGGGAAGGCAUUGUUUCGUAGAGCUGGUGAGCUUGGAGUACCUGUUGGAUUCAUGUGUUUCAAGGGUCUUAAUCUCCAUAUCGCAGAAAUUGAAGAGCUCUGCACAGAGUUCCCCUCCACCCCAGUUCUGAUGGACCAUUUGGGUUUCUGCAAACCCCCAACAAACGACGAGGAAAGAGCUGCCCUCUCAAACCUGUUGCAGCUAUCCAGGUUCCCUCAGGUAUAUGUGAAAGUCAGCGCCUUGUUCAGGGUGUCUAGAACUCAGAGCCCAUACGAGGAUUUAUCAACCCUUGUGUCUCAAGUAGUGUCCAGUUUUGGCGCCAAACGUGUCAUGUGGGGAAGCGAUUUCCCAUAUGUAGUUCCUGAAUGUGGGUAUAAAGGAGCUAAAGAUGCAGUGUCCUGCUUAGCUAGUCAAGUGCCGCUGUCUGAUACAGAGAAAGAAUGGGUUAUGGGCAGGACAGUAAUGCAGCUUUUCCAGGGUCAAUGGAUUCCUUAGAUCUUGAGGGAUGUCUCGGCCAUGCUCCAUGUUCAUCCCGAUUUGCUCUGUUCCUUAUGAGUACAUUAUUUGGACAAUUAAUGGUAGGAAUUCGUUUGUAUUGUAGAUUUGCAUGGUGCAGUUCAACUCAAGAAUCAAUUUAACCAAUCCCAAUGAAUCUGUUUGCCCGGCUCGGUCCUCUCGUUUCAUGGUAUGCAAAGGGAUGGCCUGGGCGGCUGGGCCAUUUCAAUGAAUCGUGGUGGUUCUUUUCUGAAACUGGGAUGUGACUGAAUUUCUUUAAGUAUAAUAAAGUAAA